AUGCCUGCCUUGAUCAACCAGACGGUGACCAUCGUCAACAAGUCGGGCAAGAUUGUGAGCACUUCGAAGCAUCUGGUGAACGUGUUCAACGAAGCGAAGAGUGCCUACAACGAGCGCAAAGCAGAGAUCCAUGCAACAAGGACGAAAGAGAGGGAGGACAAGGAGAAGGAACGUAAAGCCAGGAAACAGCUUGAUGCUUUGACCUUGGAAGAUGAGGACGACAGAAAGUCACAGGUUUCGCGAAGAAGUUCGAAAAGAGGCAGCGAUGAUGGAACGUCUGUUCGGAGGAAGCCCGUUCCCAGCCAGGCAGGCACACGACCGCCAGUCGAGCGUGGUGUAUCGGACAGCUUCUAUGCGAACGAUCGACCUCGACAUUCCACGCAUCGGCCGUCACCUCUUAGGAAGGAUUCUGGCUUGAUCUACGACGACAACGAUGACCCACAGGUCGGCGAGCUCAUGAGGAGGAACACAGACGGCAUGCAGCUCAAGAGCCAACGACCAACAACACCCCGCCGCAGAGCCAGCUGCGACGACAUUGACAUGGACCUAGCGUACGGCGAGCUCCCCCCACCACUCCCAGAAUCCCGCCGCGAAGACCAACUUGAGCUAAAAGAGAAAAUGAACUACCUCCAACGCCUCCUAGACGAAGGAAACUGCAUGCAACACUCCGUCACCGCCAUAAUCGACAACCUCCAAAAGAACCCCGACGCCCUCGCAGCCGUAGCCCUAACCCUCGCCGAAAUCUCCAACAUCGCCGCGAAAAUGGCCCCGGGAGCAUUAGCAACCAUGAAAGGCUCCUUCCCCGCAAUCCUGGCCCUCCUCGCCAGCCCGCAAUUCGCUAUCGCUGCAGGAGUCGGCGUUGGUGUAACGAUCAUUGCCUUCGGCGGCUACAAGAUCAUCAAGAAAAUCAAAGCCAACAGAUCCGAAGAGAAACUCCUCGAAGCAGGAGGCAUCCCCGCCGAAGCCGAACUCGGCCCCGUCGAGGGGCCCUUCGAAGAAGAAGACCAACUCCGCGAAAUCAGCCGGAUUGAACUAUGGAGACGCGGCAUCGCGGACGAGCAGAUCAAUUCCGUUGGGACAAGUGUAGAUGGCGAGUUCAUCACGCCCGUGGCGACGAGGACGUUGAUUGAGGAUGGAAGGCUCACGGAGGCGGAUCUGAAGCCGCUUGAUACGAGGAGUGAGAGGAGUGCGAAGACGAGGAAGAGUAGGAAGGCGAAGAGUGAGGUUAGUAGUGCGAGUAAGAGGAGUAGUGGGACGAAGGCGACGGCGACGAAGGGGAAUGGGAAUGGGAAGAAGGAGCCGAGUGUGUUGAGGAGUUUGUUCAAGGGGAGGUCGGAGAUGAAGAGGGAGAGGGAGAGGGAGGUGGUGUAUGUAUGA